UUUGUAAAAGUUCUCCAAAAAAAGUAAUUAAAUAUUAUUGAAAAGUGUUGAUUGUUUUCGGAGAUAGGACACGGAGUGGGAUAGUGCUUUGCGUGCCGCAUAGUAUCUUUGAACAGUUACUAGUUCACCUUGCUGCCCUACUAUCUUUGAUAUAAGAUCCAGAAGUGUUCUGUGGAACGUCUCAUUCGGAAUACAGAUACUCGAAGAGUUACAACAGAAAGUUUCCCUCAAGUGCAUAGAAUUCAGUUUAGCACGUAAUCGUUUGUUACAAGUGGGUAACUUGGUAGUGUUUGUUCACAGUGUGAGUUGGAAAUUUGCUAAAAGUCCAGUAUUAAGUGAGACUAGUUGAGCACAUCAGAAUUUCUGCGAGGAUAACAUGUUAAUUAAAUAAAUAAAUUAAUCGUGGUUCGCCAUUUUUUAAUCUGAUUAGUGCAAAUCAUUCCACGGAAAUUCAAACGCCCCGAAAUUCCUUUCACUAUAAUAAUUUUCGUGCACCGACUCUUCAUCGAUUUUUUCGCCGCCAGCUGAAAUAAGGAUUCCGUUCUGUUAAAAAGAGGUCCCAACAAUGCUGUCAGAAAUUGAAGCACUCCCCUCAAUCCAACUGGGAGACUAUACACUUCAGUUUGAAUUAGAUGACUUAACACCUUUUGGCAAAGAAGUUGCAGAAAGGGAAUUACGUGAAACACCAGAAAUUAAAGCACAAGCAGUAGCUGAUCUAAAACGCUUAUUGGAAGAUGAAAAUGAUCUCUAUGUGCCUAUUGAAAAUGAAGAGUGGCUUGUGAGAUUUUUACGGCCAUGUAAAUUUUAUCCAGAAAGUGCUAAAGAGUUGAUCAAGCGCUACUAUGCCUUCAAAGUGAAACACCACGACAUGUACGAUGGCCUAGUGCCUAGUAGAGAAGCAAACAUUUUCAACCAAAAUAUCUUGACUGUAUUCCCAAAUCGUGAUCAACUAGGCCGAAGGAUCCUUCUUUUGGAACUUGGAAAGAAAUGGAAGCACAAGGAAGUCACCCUAGACGAAGUCUUCAAAGGAUGUGUUCUCUACCUCGAAGCUGCAAUGCUGGAACCUGAAACUCAAGUGCAUGGAGCUGUUGUUCUUUUUGAUAUGGAUGGACUAUCUCUCCAGCAAACUUGGCAAUUUACUCCACCCUUUGCUAAGCGUAUAGUCGACUGGUUGCAGGACUCUGUGCCACUUCGUAUCAAAGGAAUCCAUAUCGUCAAUCAACCAAAGAUUUUUAACGUAGUUUUCGCUCUAUUCAAACCAUUCCUUCGGGAGAAAUUACGCUCGCGAAUUAUUUUCCACGGAACAAAUCGUGAAUCAUUGCAUCAAUAUAUUUCGCCCAAGUGCUUGCCAGCCGUGUAUGGGGGUAUAAUUGAAAUUCCCCGCAUCGAAGGUGAACAAUGGUACAAAUUGUUGUUACAAUGCGACAAGGAAUACGAAGCAAUCAAUUCCUAUGGUUACAAGAAGAAAUAGGCGAAUCCUAGACACUACUUUAGUUAGGCAAUAUCGAAUAUUAACAACUUUACAUACGUAGAGAAAAAAAUUUAUAAAAACAUGUGAUAUGUACAGAAUAUUAGAAAACGAUAUUUUGUAUCUUUAAUGCAAACUACUUCAUUUUCCUAGUUCGUAGUGUAGUAAUGCAAUUGAAUUUAUAAGAUACAAUACUUUUGUAUAAAUAUUACUAGGGUUUCAGCCAUAAUACACGCACAAUUAACAUAUUUCAGUGCAUUAAUGCCAAUCUAUUCCUAUGCCAAACUUUUUAAUAGAACUUUGUUAUGAUAUUACAUUAAAUGAAAACUUAGUCGUAUGACGUAGAGUAUUAAGCAAAUGGGAGUUCCGGAGUGGGAAAGUAAAAAAAAGGAUAAAGUUUAGGGGAUAAUCUGGUUUUUGUAGAAAGAAAAUAAUUAUUGCCACUUUCUUAUCACAUUAUUUGUUGUUAUCUAGGUUUUAGUUUAUUAUAUCAAGGAUUUAUUGACAUCAAUAUCACUCGUACGGUUGUUGAAGUGUUUUACCUAAUGAUUUUUAUAAGUGUAAAAGGGAUUAAACGUGAAUACGUAUUUUUUAAGAAA